AUGUUAUCCGUUUACAGUGUAUUUAAACCUCCCAAAUCAGGAAACUGCACCAUAGAAAAUAAUAAACCUUCUCAAAAUUUAAUCUCUCUUGAUAGUAUCAAAACAAUUUAUUAUAAUCCGGAAAAAAACAAACCAUUAUUACAUUCGAUCCGUGAAAAAUUGGACUUUGCAAUUCAACAUGAUUUGUUUUCCAAGUAUUGUGAAAUGGCAGACGUUUUAGAGCUAAUACUCACCGAACUGUUAGAAGACACUCUUUAUUUUCCUUGUUUUCAACACAGUGAAGAAAUAAUAGCUUUUACUAUCAAAUAUUAUAUAAAUAUGAGAAUGCGACAGUUUUCGCAAAGCUAUUAUUCCGAAGCACAAAAAGAAAAUAUGAACAAAAAGAAGAUAGCAAAAUUCACGUUAACAUAA